CGCUGAACUUCGUUGCAAUACAUUUACUCUUGAGAAUACCAGUAGAAUGUCUUACAAUUAAUUUUCAUUGCUCAAUUUCAUCUACAAAGCCUCUCAUUCUCUUUUUUUCAUGAGUCCGAUGUUUAGUAUAACAAUAUUCUAGCUCAAACUUUAAUCCCUAGCCAGAUCUUUUUCCACACGCCGCACAAUCUUCUCAAAACGCCCUGCGUCCCUACUUGACAACACUUCUUCCACAAGCCCUUGGGCACUCUGUUUGCGAACUCAAGCUCUGCCUGCUUUAGAUUCCCAGAGUAUUCCAUAACUCUACCGAGUUCUCGACUGCUUUUCUGCCUAUAGACGCGCCGCGAAGCUUUAAGGAUUCCGAGAUUGUGGGGAUUGACAUCUACAGGUCCCGCAGUCGACAUUGAAGAAUGUAUCAUUUAGCAAAGGGGUUGUAUCGAUAUGCCACUAGUAAAGAAGAAUACUCCGUUCUCCUCCUCGGCCUUGACAACGCCGGCAAAACUACUCUCCACACCCAAAUCAAAUCACUAUAUUCCCCGCAUAACCCCGCUCCCGCCGAACCCUCACAGUUAAAAACAGUACCCACCGUCGGUCAAAAUGUCUCCACUAUCGACCUUCCAGAUAUGUAUCUGAAGAUUUGGGAUAUAGGAGGCCAACAUUCUCUUCGAAAAUUAUGGCAAUCUUACUAUACUAGUUGCCACGCCAUUGUCUUUAUAAUUGAUAGUACUGACAUUGGUUCUGGAGAUCUCGCUGAUUUGGACUCUGAUACCGGGGACAAAGAUGUAGGGAGAUUAGAGGAGUGUAAAUUGGUAUUGGAAGAUGUUUUGAAAAGUGUGGAGACGGAAGGAGUGCCAGUGCUCGUUUUAGCGAAUAAACAAGACAGGGAGGAUUGUGUGGAAGUUGUGAGGAUUAAAGAGGGUUUAGUGAAGAGGGUAUUUGAGGGGGAGGGAGGCGGUGCGAUUAGAGACAGUCGGGUUUUACCAAUUAGUGCGUUGGGCGGAACAGGGGUUAGGGAGGCGGUAGAGUGGGUGAGAAGUAGAGUUGUUUGGAAUAGGGAGGGGAGACCUCCUGUUAUGCGGUAGUCUGAAAGGGUGGAGGAGUGAGUAUUGGGAGAUCCAAGGUCAACAUGGGUUGAGACCUUCACACGAAAUCUGGGGGAGACGCAAGGAGAUAUGAGAGAAGAGCUAGUGAGCUUUGUGCUUCUUUUGCUUUACAUAAUCCUAUUCCUCAUCUGCAACUUCGAGAUCAUGAGCAUCCACACGUAUCAGACUUCCUUAGACAAGAGGUGGACAGAAAGGAUAGACAACUUCAGAGGUACUCUUGAAGAUGGCCAAGAUUUAAUGAAUCAAUUUCUUGCAACAUACUAGGCGAGGGGGCAGGAGGCGAAGGGGCGGCAAACGAAUUACUUUUUGAUGUUGAAUUAAGGAUGGCCAAGGAGUUUAGUGGGAGUUUACUUGUAGCUAAUGAACAGAUGAAGUAGAAGAUAGAAAGAGGGAGAAAGAAAGAGGUGCGUUCUAUUUUAAAACGCACCAAUGGCGAAAGGUUUUAGGAUAUUAUAAUUGAAUAUCAAUAUUGUCACCA